GCGUUUUUCUAUUUUUAGAUUUGGCGCCAAAGCUUGUGGUGGACGCGUUGCCGGCUGCUGGUACCACAUGGCGCGACACCACUCUGCGCCACGUACAGCGGCGCGCAGCAUUGGCUUGUUGCAAGCGGCUGGCGUGGGUGGCGGCCAUUAGUUUGGCAUGUCACUUGCAAUUUCAAAGGAAUGGUGCUUCCAAGCCUCCAGCGCGGGUCGCCUCGGUACGGCCAGGUCGGCGAUCACAGCCCGUGCGAAGCGGCCGUCGCCAUUGAGCUUGCAACACCCGAGGCAGACAAUGUCUUUUGGGACGAGAUGCAGCACCUGUGCUACUUGGCACCGCCUGUCAUGCUCACAUACGUCUUGGGCUUUCUCCCUGGCGUCGUGAGUUUGAUCAUCGUUGGCCACAGCGAUGCUGCCGACGUCCAGCUCGUCCUCGGCGCCGCGUCGCUUGCCGACAUGUACUUCAACGUGACGGGGUACAGCAUCGGUCUCGGCUUGGCCAGCGCUAUGGACACGCUCUGCUCGCAAGCGUACGGUGCUGGCAACCUUCUGCGCAUCGGCGUCGUCUUGCAGUCGGGUCUUCUCGUGCUCAGUGUCCUCUUCUUCCCGAUCUUGCUCCUCCACCUCUUCGCAACGGAUCUUCUUCUUGCGCUGCAUCAGCCAGAAGGCGUCGCGGUCCUUGCCGGCGCGUAUGCCCGCUGGCUCGUCCUCGGCUUGCCAUUCGCCUUUAUCUACGAGCUUUUGAAGAAGACGCUCCAAGCACAAAACGUGGCGCUCCCCAUGGUCUAUUCCACGCUCGUGGGCAAUGCCGUCAACGCUGUCGUCGGCUACGUACUCGUGCACCACUCGGCUUACGGUUUUCUCGGCGCGGCGAUCGGUCGGUCGGCUGCCAACAUUGCGCAGCCGCUGUGCCUCGGUGUUUACUAUUGGUGGCAUCCAAACGCGCGGGCCUUCUGGCCGGGGUGGAACUGGCGGUGCGCGGCCGCCGGCGUCGGCGAAUUCCUCGUCUACGGCGCGCCUGGCAUGCUCAUGAUGAUGUUCGAGUGGUGCAGCUUCGAGUUCAUUGCGAUUCUCUCCGGUCUCUUGCCCAACCCGAUCGUGUCCAUCGGUGCCAACGCCAUCACAAUCAACGUAUAUGCCGUCUUGGACUGGCUCUACUACGGCAUUGCCGUCUCGGCGACUGUGCGCGUCGGCAACGCCAUUGGCUCCAACGACCCAAUGCGCGCCAAAAUCGCGCUCAAAGCUGUACUGGUCGCCGCCGCCUGCUUUGCAACGCUGCUCAUGGGUCUCUUGUACUUCGCACGGCAUACGUACCCACGCGUCUUUACCCGAGAUAGCGCGAUUGCCUCGUUGGCGUCCGAAGUGGGUCUUGUCGUCGUCGCCUUUCAGCUGCCCCAAGCCAUCAACCAGACAACACAGGGUAUCUUGCGCGGGUGCGGGCUUCAGGGAAAAGGCGCCGCCAUCAACUUUGUCGCGUACCUCAUCGUGGGCCUACCGCUUGGGUAUGCACUGGCCUUUCCGUGGCAGCUCGAUCUCCCGGGCCUCUGGAUCGGCAUGGUGUUUGCCUUUCUGACAGCCGCCACGAUCGGACUCGGGCUUCUCAAGUGCGCGAGCAUCGACCGCAUUAGCGACAAAGCGGUCGCGGUUGCCAAGACGGCGCGCUCAUAACUUAUUGUCUUUUCGAUUACUG